AUGAGCCCCUUCCGCAACGCCCUCGCUGGCACCCAGCAAUUCCUCCAAAAUGCCGCCUCCAACGCGCAGCCCAUGAUGCGGAGCGCCUACGCCGGCACGCAGCAGUUCUUCCACGACGCGGCCUCGACCACGCGCGACAAAGCCGCCGGCGUCGAGUGGGACAAAGCCCCCAAGCACAUCCAGGACUACAUAACCGAGCACCCGUACCAAACGGCCUUCUACGUCGUCAACGGCGUCGUCAUCGCCGCGCCGUUCGUCGUCGCUGGACCGCUGCUCGGCGCGGUCGGGUUCACGGCUGCUGGGCCGGCUGCUGGUUCGAUUGCCGCAGGAGCGCAGGGCGCUUCGGUUGCGGCGGGAAGCGUUUUCGCGACGUUACAGAGUGCGGCCAUGGGCGGAUACGGGGCGGCGGUUGUAGGCAGCACGGUACAGGCUGGCGCCGCGGUUGGGGGCGGGGCGGUGGGGGUUUGGAACUUCUUUCGUGGAUGGGGCGGUGGCGGCGAUGGCGAGAACAACAACAAUAGAGAUGGUGACGGCGACCAGUGUCCCGCGGAUCUGGGGGUCAAGGGCGAGGAGCACGGUCAGGGCGAGGAGCACAGUCAGGGCGAGCAAGGCGACCAGGACGUGUGCAAGGCGCGGCUGUGA